UGCUCCACGUAUUAAUUCUCAAAAAACAAAAAAAGCUCCACGUAUUACUUCUUCGAAACACGGUGCCGCUGCUCUCUCUCUCUCGUAAAACCCUAAUUUCUCUCUUCAGAUUCUUUAAUUGCAAAAAAUGAGAGGACGAAGUUACAGUCCAUCUCCUCCGCCACGUGGCUACGGUGGUGGUAGAAGAGGACGCAGCCCUAGCCCUAGAGGAGGAGGACGUUACAGCGGCGGUCGUGGCGGCGGUAGAGAUCUUCCUACUAGCCUUUUAGUCCGUAAUCUUCGCCAUGAUUGCAGGCAAGAAGAUCUUAGAAGGCCUUUCGAACAGUUUGGUGCUCUCAAGGACAUCUACUUGCCUAGGGAUUAUUAUACUGGGGAACCCCGUGGGUUUGGUUUUGUCCAAUAUUCAGAUCCUCAGGAUGCUGCUGAGGCCAAACAUCAUAUGGAUGGUAGGGUUCUUCUUGGUCGGGAGUUGACUGUUGUAUUUGCAGAGGAGAACAGAAAAAAGCCAUCUGAUAUGAGGCAUAGGGAGCGAGGGGGAAGAACCCGGUUUCGUGAUCGAAGACGAUCCCCACCUCGUUCUUCUCGAUCACCUCGCUAUUCUCGUUCUCCACCUCCUCGCCAUACAAGGUCCCGCAGUCGUGAGUAUUCCCCUCCUUCUAAAAGACGAUACUCAAGAUCCAUUUCACCUCAAGAGAAGAGAUAUAGUGAGGAGAGGUCAUAUUCACGAUCAAGGAGCCGCAGCCGAACUCCAAUUAGGGAUCAAAGUCAGAGCCCAAGAGGCCGAAGCCGGACCCCAGAACCUAGCCCUAGAAGAAGCCGAAGCCGGACCCCAGAACCUAGCCCUAGAAGAAGCAGAAGCCAAAACCCACCACGUGAUGAAUACCCAAAUGGAGACAGGUCUCCUAGCCAGUGAGACACCGCCAUUGUAAUGCUCAACUUGUUUUCGGAUAUGUUUUAAUGUUGGUGCAAGUGAUGUAGGAAUUGCUGUUGUUUUUAAACAUAAGAGAGGAUGCCUUUUUGUUGUUCUUCCAAUCAAGUAAAUGUGUGGAAAUUUUUCUGUAUUGAUUUGGUUGUUCAGUUAGAGUUCACUAUCAUGACA